GCGCAGAACCAGGCAGCAGCAGCGGAGUUUCCUCCCGGGCGUCGACUAUAAAUAGCCAGCACACCCUGCCGCAGCUUGACACCUGUCUUCGACAAUAAUCUUCAGAAUCGUCAACAACGUGGAAAGACGCGCAGACACCUCGCAGCGUGUCGCAAGUUAUAAGAGCAACUGCCUCCAGCGAGCGAAACAAGACGUGUGUGCGAGAAUGUGCAGGGCAGCCUGGUGACUGGCGGAGCACAUCGAAGGCGCGUCGUAAACACGGAGUCUUCCUCACACAGAGCACGUGGCUCACCCGGAUGAGGGACUGAGUGUCCUGGUAGCCUUGGUAGUCUGUGAAGGGCACACAUGGCCCACCGUGUGAACGACCAUCCGAGCCGCCUGCCCGUGGCCCAGGCCGCCGUGCUGGCCCUGCCACCCCCUGGCCAAGCAAAGGACUUGAGGCCCAGAUGGACUGCGCUGGACUCCCUGCUGUGCGGGGCCUUCGCUGGAGCCGUAGCCAAAACCGUUAUUGCACCCCUGGAUCGGACCAAGAUCAUUUUCCAAGUGUCCUCAAAGAGAUUCUCUGCAAAAGAGGCCUUCAGGCUCCUCUACCACACUUACAUGAAGGACGGGCUGCUCAGUCUGUGGAGGGGGAACUCUGCCACCAUGGUGAGGGUCAUGCCCUACGCCGCCAUCCAGUUCUGCUCACACGAACAGUACAAACGGGAACUGGGCGGCUACUACGGCUGCCAGGGAAAAGCUCUGCCUCCUUUCCCGCGGUUCCUGGCUGGUUCUCUGGCCGGCACCACCGCUGCCAUGCUCACCUACCCUCUGGACAUGGUGCGCGCCAGGAUGGCAGUCACAGCCAGAGAAAUGUACAGCAACAUCAUGCACGUCUUUGUGCGGAUCUCCCAAGAGGAAGGCGUGAAGACCCUUUACAGAGGCUUCACUCCCACCAUACUGGGUGUCAUCCCAUAUGCAGGGAUCACAUUUUUCACAUACGAGACCCUCAAGAAGCUACACACAGAAAAAACAAAGCGACCUCAGCCGUACCCGUACGAGCGCUUGGCUUUUGGUGCCUGCGCAGGCCUGAUCGGGCAAUCCGCCUCGUACCCUCUGGACGUGGUGCGUCGGCGCAUGCAGACAGCCGGCGUUACCGGCUCGUCGUACAGCACAAUUCUGGGGACCAUGCGCGAGAUCGUAACACAGGAGGGAGUCGUACGUGGACUAUACAAAGGCCUUAGCAUGAACUGGCUCAAAGGGCCCAUCGCUGUGGGGAUCAGCUUCACCACGUUUGACGUCACGCACAGCCUUCUGCUCAAAUUGCAUCAGAUGAGGUACUUCCCCCACUGAAUCGGGUGGAGGCGACAGAGGGACAAUGAGGGACACAGAUGAGACUGGUGUGAGGGAGGUGGUCAUCUCAUACGGCAAUAAUGAGUCUCUGCACUUGGGUCUGCGCAGGAUCGACUCCUGCGCAGACCUGCCCCCCUUUCAGACGGGAUGUCAGAGGAGCAGAUGAGCGCACAGGAGAUGAUCUCAUCAUCUGAUAAACGCACAGUCAGGAUUCGCUGUCCGAGAGCGAGGAGGCGAGAAAGAGGUGUCUUAAACUUGUCGUUCACACAAUCACAACUUUGCUUUGAAACGGUGGCACCGUCACGGUGGAUGAAGUGAUUAAAGGUUGAUAAAGAGUGUUUUGUUUUUGUUGGAUGGAGAUGAAUGACUUUGCUCUGUGUUAAUAAGAUAAUGCUUGCACUUUAUUAAACCUAUAAUGUUCUUUCAAAUCAAUCCUGUAUCAACAGAGAGUACUUUGAAUGAGUUUUAUUGCUUUUAAUUGUUUUUAUUUUAAAUCAAAUUGUUUUUGUUUCUUCCCGAGUUUGUCAGAUUGCUUGAUCAUGCAGUUUUAUGAUUUGUAAUGAAUGGCUGAUCAUGCAAUAUGUUUUCAUUUUCAAUGAUGUGAUGGUGCCAAUGUGGAUUGCAUUGAAAUCGAUGGAGCGAAUGAUUGUACAGCAGGAGGGUGAUAUAGUAUUAAAAUGUCUAAUAAUCAGAGAUAUAUUAUUAAGAUUUAAUUUUAUUCACUGUGCUCACAUUGUUGUGCAGAUUCUAUCGUUGCUUUUAUUUUGAUUGUAAGUUGUUUACCUGAAAAGUUUAAAUAUGCCAAAGCACUAAACUCAGUCAUAAUGGUCACGUGAAUAAGGAGUAAUUCUGCUUUCACUGCUGAUGUACAUUUCAAACAUGACGUAUGUCCGAAGAUGUGAGUUUGAAGUUGUCACAGGUUAAACCGACCGUACAAUAAAGUGUGCA